UUUAUCAUUAAAAAUAUAAUUUAUAUUAUUGCAUUAUAUUAGAGUAUCUACAUUAUAAUAUAUAAUAAUUAUAAUACAAUAAAUAUAAUAUACAUAAAUGCAUUUAAAUUUUACACAUUAUUAUAUCAUUUAUUUUAACCGAAGGUAACAAAACAAUAAUUGUACUUUUAGAGUAGAUACUUAAUUUUUUAACAAGAUAUAGAUACAACGUUUUGUAGCCUUAAUAUGGAAACUAUUACAACAAAAAAAUGGAGUUGGGAUAAUUUUGUAAAAAAUGUUCUUUGUCUCACACAUCCGGACAAAUCUUGGAUACGUGACGAAUCUAUGACAUGGAAUCAUCGAUUUUGUGCUCAAGUACUUACAUAUGGAGAGAUACCGAAACAUGUAGCAUUUAUAUUGAACGGUGAUAGAAGUUAUGCUAAGAAAAAUUGUAUUUCUACACAAGAAAGCUUUGCGAAAGGGUUUGACAAAUUAUUUGAAACAAUACAAUGGUGCUUACAUUUAGGCAUAAAAGAACUUACGGUGUACGCGUUCAGCUUAGAUAACUUUAAGAGAACACAAGAAGAAAUUGAUGAAUUGUUUGAGGAAAUCAAAACGUUUUUAGAAAGAACUAGAUUGAAUGAACUAGGUGUAUGUAUAACAUUUUUCGGUAACAUCAGAUCACUACCAAAUGAUUUGGUUAAGGUAUUAGAAAAAUCAGUACUAAUAACAAAACAAAACAACAAGAUAUCAUUAAAUAUUGCAUUUUCUUAUACCGGACAUGAUGAAUUAAUAAAUGCAUUCAAUCAAAUAUCUAAUGGUAUUAAAAAUAAUGAUUUGAAGGAAUCAGAUUUAUCAGUUGAAAUAUUAGAUAAUUGUAUGUAUACCUAUCCGUCCUCACCACCUGAUUUAUUAAUACGCGCAUCUGGCGAGACUAGACUGAGUGAUUUCAUGUUAUGGCAGUGUGCUUACAGUUAUAUCUAUUUUACAUCAGUCUUAUGGCCAGAAUUUACUGCGUGGGACUUUAUGAUUGCUAUUUUCAUGUACCAAAGAAAUGUAAAAGCAUUUACACGUUAUAAAUUACCAACUAAAAGAUUGAGUUCAAGGGCUGAACAAUUUGUGGAAAAUGUAUACAAAAAUCGGUUAAAUAGUCUUUUUACAAUAGCGUGAUAAUAUUAAAAUUGAUUUUUUUUUAAAUUUAAAGAAUGUAAUGUAAUACAAUAUUUUAAGUAUAGUUAUUUUAAAGUUUAUUUUAACAUUAUUUUUUCUAAAACCUUUUUGGUAUCAGAUUCAAAUCAUCUUAAUAUAACUAAUACAACUAUAUAAGUAACUAGUCAGUACGCGUUUUAUGUAACUAUUAAAGUGGUAACCACUACAUAUCAAUGUUUAAAUCCGUACCAAAUUCUUCUUUUGAAAAAUCUACAUUGAUAGAAUGUCAUCAAUUAUUCAUAAUGAUAUAAUUAUUGUAAUCUGUAUUCUCCAGAUACCAUAACACAAUUUAGAGAACUAGAGAAAAAAUAGAGAUCAAUUUUAUUAUUUCAAUAUCGUGCAUUAGAAUAAAUAGUAAACAUGUUUUUAA